AUGAAGUAUCUCCCCCUCCGCGACUUCCAGCCGGUGACGAACGCACUGAACUUCUCAAAGCCAGACCUGCACGUCAUAGGUGGCUGUGACGUCUACACCACAAAAGCCGCCGGGCAGGACAAGAAGCUCUACAAGACCAUCGAAAAUGAUCUUGAGUCGCAACACGAGUCUCUGGUGCGCCUGUCCGCGUCGCUAAGUCCGCCUCCCAGACCCGCAGCCAGCGAUGACGGCAGGAGUGACGGCAGCGAUCGCCGGCACUCGAGUGUACGUGCGCGCUCACUCGGCCCUCCAUCCAUCGACCUCUCGCGAAACUCGCCGUUUGGCUCGCUUAGCAAGAUAUCGGCACGUCGCACUUUCGCAUAUAUGAUCGCAACGCUUAACGCUUCGCACCCAGAUUACGACUUCUCGCACACCUUGCGCCCUUCCGACUUCCACAAGGAGAGGAGCCUCCAGAAGAUCAUGCUUCGCUUCGAUUCGACCAUGCAAAACCUCCGCCCCUCGCGCAACAGCCUUGCCCCUGGAGCCUACUACCACGUACCUCCCUCAUCGCGGCUUGCAAACGCGGCGCCGCCUUUUGGCAGCAGCUUCGGUUCGGACGUCUGGAGCCCGCGAAUGUGGGCUGUCCUCGACAAGGAAAUGUCGCUGCGCCAGUGCGAGAAGUACUCUUAUUCGCCCGCCCGAGACCCCUUUGAUGGUGAGGAAGGCGCGCUCUGGAGCAUCCACUACUUCUUCUUCAACAAGCAGAAGAAGCGCGUCUGCUACCUCUACCUGCGCGGCUUGAGCGUGCUCAGCCACAGUCCCGUCAACGCGCCCACAGCGCUGUUCGGCUUCUCACGCGGCCAGCGACGGAAGGCUAGCAGCAUUUCCGUCGGCGAGGGCGCGACGAAGCGGGCGAAGUACUGGUUUGGCGGGAGCAGCAAUGCGCGGGGUUACGAUGGCGAAGGUGAGGACGAUGAUGACGAAAUGGUGGAGGAUGAUCCUGACGAUGACGAGUAUGAGGUUCCGUACAUGGAUCUGGACGAUAUCAGGACCGGCCUUGCGGACGGGUAUUAUGACCCCGACUUGGGAUGUGUGGACUUUACUAUGAUGUGA